GUCGAUUCAUUCCAUUCAGUGCGUGAUACUUAGCCUUGCAUGUGUGGCUACCGUCUCUCCACGACCCGUGAAUCAAAUCGAUUCCAGUGAAAAUUCGAUUUUUGUGAUAACGAGAUGGAGAUAACCGGCGAAGAAAGUUCCUUAAAACGCAUAAAUCAACAAAUUAAACAACAUUAUCUAACAAAUGUACGCUUCUGAUCUGCACUGCUCUUCAUCAGUUUACAAUUUGCAGUUCUACAAGCUUCCUUUAAAAUGCAUGAGACAAUGAUUUUAAGUUAGAAAUAUAAUUCUUUUGCAUUUUAAUGGCGUGAAGAAACUAGUCUUUAAAACACUUGAAGGCGAUUUUUUUCCACUCGCUAAUGCGGUUCAGUAUGAACAGCAAAAGGAAACCAAGUCACUACGGAUCUUGAUUUGAAGGAGAGUAAACGAAAGUAAAUUGGUGAAGCGAGUGCAACUUGCAGAAAGUAACGGUAUCCAUCGGAUCGUAAAACUCGCUGGAAGUUGACGGGGAGAAGUGUGAGCAACACGUGCUAUCUCUUGAGGGUGCCUGGAGUUCUUCACAAUCCACAAGGCCGUCCGCAAGUAUCUCCGGAUUCGUAAAAUCAGUGCGUGAAAGCGUGGUGAAUCCUCGUGAAAAUGAGGCUGCUGUUGAUGGAUGUUUCGGUGGUGAAUGUAGAAAAUAGCAAUCCAAAUUGAUUUUCAAUUGUCUACUGUAGUUUAUUACACAAUAAGAAUUUUAGAGAAAGUAUUAUUAUAAAAUUAAUCAAAAAGAAAUGUUCUUCUUUGCAAAAAUGGGCAAACAAGUGAUUUUUCUCUUGGCCAUAUGGUGCAUGAUUGAUUUUGUGUUUACCAGAAAUGAAUCCAACAUACAGCAAAUUAAUAACAGACUGAAAAAAGUAUCACAAAUGACGGAAAAUGAAUUAAGUUUUAAUGAAACUGCAAACAAGGAUAAACAAGUUAUUUUAGCUCACGUGGAGCCAAAAGGAAGUUAUGUUACAGAUUAUGAGUAUAGAGGAAAUGAUAAAGAACUGUUGGUACCAUUCGGUAGAAAUAAUCCAGAGUUAGACUGGAAAAAGCCUUUAAAAAUAGCUACUAUUACAAGCACAGAAAAACCCAAAGAUUUAGAUGUUGAUUUCAUGAUAGAGAAACUACAGAAAACCGCAAAUAGUAUUCAAUGGCUUGUAGACAUUUACGACCCUCUAAGGUGGCGUAAAGUGCCCGGGAAUCUGCAGGAGGAUUGUAAGAGAGACAUGGAAAAGUUUCUGAGAGCGCUGAAAGACGGAAAAAUUUGGGCAGCAAAGUUGUCAGAUGCCAGUGGCAGAUACUCCUCUCAAUUUCAUUUUGGGAACGGAUAUUGGCUCGGAUCAAGCCCUUUAUGCUCGGAACUCAACAGCACGAAAGAAGAGAAUAUAUUAGGUGGGCUGCAAGAAAGGCCACCUUUCCCAGUCAAGUUUCACGUUGCAAGGAUGUUCCUGCAAAUGCCUAAACAAUUUGAUAUCAAGGAUAGGCAGGUGUUUCUAGGACUUUGCCUUCCAGAGACGUGUAAUACAGAUUCUGUGACCUCGAUGUUGAGGGCAAGUGUUGAUAGAGUUGAAAUCGAAGGUAAUGUGAGCCACCGAUCGUCUGGGCUAAAGGUUUUGAUAUUCGCAGUGAAGCCUAUACCUGCAACUGAUUACAAUCUGUUUGAAGAUUCAACAUUUUUCACCCUUAUAGGUAUUGGGGCUGUGAUAGCGUUCCUGAUGAUUUGCGCUAGCAUAUACGAAUAUGGAACCAUCUCAGAUGUAAAGGAACAAAAUUUUCUAAGUACCACGAACAAGAAUGAACGGUCUGUUUCAUACAUUGAUAAGAAUCUUCCUCAAGAUCACAGAAUAUCGAUGACUCAGUAUAACGACAAAGAAACUUUUGAGAAGAUUUCAAACGAUGUGCCAAGAGACGUUGAUCCAGUUCCAGUGAAAAAGGAAGCAGAUGUUUGGAUCAGAUGUUUGUUGGCCUUCAGUCCAGUGAUAAAUGGUGGAAAAAUUGUUAAUACUGACCCAGCUACUCAGAACAGUCUAACUUGUCUUCAUGGUCUCAGAGUAUUCUCUUUGGGUUGGGUCGUCAUGGUCCAUACAUAUCUUCAAGUUUUUUCCAUUGCAGACAACAAGACCCUGCGCACUGUGACCGAGAGAAACUUCAUGUUCCAGACGAUCAGCAAUGCCACUUACUCCGUAGACACGUUUUUUUUUAUCAGUGGCUUAUUGGUAACAAUACUUUUCUUUCGAUCGAUGGGUAAUCUAAAAAACAACAGAAGUAAUUAUCUUGCAGCCAGUACAUCGAAGUUUAUGAUCAUGAUCCUGUAUAGAUUUAUUCGGUUAACACCGGCUUAUCUCUUCGUACUGGGAAUGAACGAGAUUGCCAUAAAUCAUGCCUUGUCCAAGACCGUCUUCUCACCUGGCAUAAUCGAUCAUCUGACCUGUAAAAGAUUCUGGUGGAGGAACGCCUUGUAUAUCAAUUCGCUUUUUCCUCGAACUGAAAUGUGCAUGCUUUGGAGCUGGUACAUGGCAAACGACACCCAGUUUUACGUCAUUGGGAUUCUCCUUUUGUUACUUUCCGUCAAGCACUUGAAGGCCGUGACGUUUAUCGUAUUGGCUAUAAUCAUUUCAUCCUGGUUUACAACCUUCUCGAUUGCUUAUACCAACGAUUAUGUUGCUAGACUUCAAGAACCUUUCGCUCUUUUUGAUGAGCUUUAUGACAAGCCGUGGCUACGAGCUGGACCAUAUUUCAUCGGUACAAUUACUGGUUAUAUUCUUUUCAAAACCAAAUGUAAAAUAUACCUUCCAAGUCUCAUCGUCUACUUUGGUAAUCUUGCCGCAUCGUACUUACUUUCUUUUUGCGUAUCAAUCGCUCUGGAAGCUCCGGUCGUCAAUUUACUCAAAAUUGCCUUCACGUCAAAGAAGAGUACGAGGUAAAUAGACCGCUUUCGAGGAAGAUGAUUAUUGUGCAAACUUCUGGUACAUACUGCUUCACUUAUUUCCGAAGAUGGAAGAUGACGUAUCAUAUCUAUUACCAUAAGCAGCAAUGAAGUUUAAAGAUUCUGUGACGAACAUUUAAACGGUGAGGAUACUUCCUCUCUUGUGAGUUGCCUAAGUAGAGAUAUCUUCUAAGGAAUAUACUAGAUUGGUCCUUCUUUGUUCAAUUACGUAUUAUAAUUAUAUAAAGAAAGUAGAAGCACUCUAAACUUUAUGUAAAAACUUGGCAUAGAAGCAAACUGUAAUUAUCUCUGAUAAUUUAAAAUCACAACAAUAAUCUUCUGAUGUUUGCGAUCAGAGUUAGCAUAAACACAUUAUUAAUUUAUAUUUAAUAAUUAUUAAAUAAUAAAAACAAUGUACAUAAACUGUGCCA